CCUGGAGGUGGCACCCGGAGCUCUGGGAUGGGGACAGGCACAGCUGGGAUGGGCUGGGAGGUUUUUUCCAGCCUGAAGGAUUUGGGGAUUCUGUGUUUCUGCCCCCACAGAGAUACACAAAGCUCCAUCCCCGGGCUCAGGGAAUGCUGCAGGACGGGCACCCAACAGCUGCUCCUCUUCCAUUGCAGGCUCGGGAUGGAAUUCCUGACGCUCUUCCUGAUUUACCUGUGCUCCCUGCUCGCCCUCGCUGCCCUGCUGUGCCUCUGCUCGGGAAGGGAGGAGGGUUUCCUCGCAAGGAGUGCCAACAGGGCGAGCCAGGUCUUGUCACUGGUGAUCCCCAGCCAGCUCCGGAGGGUGACACACCGGGCACUGCACAGGCUCUUCCACACAAGGAGCUGUUUGUUUGUGGUCCUGCACGUAGCCCUGCAGGCAGCGGUGUUUGGGGAAUACACCUGGGAAGUGUUUGGGUACUGCUGGGAGCUGCAGUUCCACCUCCUCCUGCUGCUGCUGCCCUACCUGCUGCUGGCAGGGAACCUGGGCUGCUUCCUGCUCUGCUCCCGGGCCAACCCUGGUACAGUAACAAAAUCCAACGCUGCAUCGCUGGUGAAGGUUUAUGCCUAUGAUGGGGUGAUGUUUCAGAAAGGUCUCGUGUGUCCCACGUGCAGCGUGGAGAAACCAGCCAGGUCCAAGCACUGCAGUGUGUGCAGGACGUGCGUGCAUCGCUUCGACCACCACUGCGUGUGGGUCAACAACUGCAUCGGGGCCGCCAACGCCGGCGUGUUCCUGCUCUACCUGCUGUCCCUGACGGCCACGGCCGGGGCUGUGGCCGCUGUCACGGCUGCACUGCUGCUCCAGCUGCUGCUGCUCUCCAACCUCCUGCACGGCACCUACCUGGAUGCCCAGGGACAGGAGCAGCCCGUGGAGAUUCCCGUCCUCGUCCAGCACCUUUUCUUGACUUUCCCCAGGAUUGUCUUCAUGCUGGGGUUUGUCAUCCUGCUCACGCUCGUCCUGGGGGGAUAUUGCUCCUUCAGUCUGUACUUGGCCCUCACCAACCAAACCACCCACGAAUGGUGCAAAUCCCGAAGAUUUGGGGGUUCCCCCCAUCUCCCCUCACAGCCUCAUGACAGACCCCUCGUCUACAAAAACAUUUAUUCUAAAGGGAUCUGGAGGAAUUUAAAGGAAAUCUUUAACCCUCCUGCCGUGUUGGAAAGGAAGAAGAAAACAUGAAGAUAUUAUUGUUUCUCUAAGCAUUUUUAAAUGUUUUCCAAGACUUUAGUUCAGCAGUGGGCUUGGCUGCCCCAGAGAGGUUUUGGAACAAGAUUUCUGCAGAAUUCACAUGUUGGUGCCUCAGCAGAGCAUCAUUUGAGCUCCCUCCCUCAGUGAGACUCAGGGCCAACUCAGUCCUGGCCCCUGAGUACAGGGAUUUAUUUGGUCCAUCUUCCCAAAAGGAAUUUUUCUCUAUGGGAAGGGCUAACACAGAGCUCCUGUGAAUUUUGAGGAAGCAGCAUCUUUUUCUAUCUUUCUUUGGGAAACAACUAACCCAUGAUUGUUAACGAUGACUACAACAGGUUGUGUGUAUUUAGCUGAAAAAAUGAUUUCUGGCAGGAUCUUACCUGCAGAAACCAUGUCCUACUGCAGCUUUGAAGCACUAACUUCAGGGAGGAAAUUAAAGUGUCCCUGUUCUCCUCUCCUUCCAGAAGUUUCUCUGUUUGAGUAUAAUAGAAAAAAAAUUGGGAAAAAAUGUAGUAAGAACUUUAAAUAAUUUUAUUUUUACAAAUGUAUUUUAUUUACAUGCCAGAUCUGUACAAUAUGCAAUUAAAAAUCCAUAUAUGGUUUAAAAAA